AUGUCUUCACAACAAUACGCCCCCGGCCCACAAACCUUCAAGGCACCCAACGGGAUAAGCUUCCACUACCUCAUCCGCGGCCGCACCAACGGCCCACUGCUAGUCGUCCAAAGCGUCGGCUGGGGCCCCUCAAUGCACCUCUACAGCAACAGCCUAACCCGCCUCGAGGAAACCUUUACAGUCCUGUACUUCGAAGCGCGCGGGGCCGGUAAAUCGUCUCGUCCCGCAUCGGGCGAUGAAAUGAGUACGCGGACGCUAGCCUCAGACCUCGAAUACCUCCGCCUCCAUCUGGGACAGGAAAAGUUGUCGCUGCUGGGCCACUCGAACGGCGGCGCGAUUGUCCUCGCGUACGCGGAGGAUUUCCCGGAGCGCGUUGAGAAGCUUGUUCUCGUUAAUACAGAGUUGCAGGGGUUCACCUCGGAUAAUUUCCAGACGUUUGCGGUGGCGCGCAAGGAUCAUCCUGUGUAUGGGCCUGCGCUUGCGACGAUUGCCGGGUUGAUGCAGAGCCCGCCUGUGACGGACGAGGAGUUUCAGGAGAGAUUAACCAAGGCGCUUCCGUACUAUAUGCACGAUACGGAGAAGACGCAGUUGUUGGAAGAGGCGAUGGCGGGUGGGACGUUGUCUGUUUGGAACUUUUUGAAUCAGAGUCGGUGCGAUGCGCAGGAGAAGUUUUCGGCUGUUGAUGGGCUAAGCAAAGUGCAGGCUCGGACUCUCGUCGUGAAUGGGAGGUCGGAUGGGAUUUGUUCGGAGGCGGCGGCGAGGAGGGUUGCUGAGGAGUUGGGAGACAAGGCUAAGUUGGUGCUUGUUGACGAGGCUGGCCACAUACCCUGGCUUGAGCAGCCGGAUGUCUUUUUUCACGCCGUGGAGAGAUUUCUUUUGUCAAAUAACUGA